CUCAAGAACCCAAUCAAAGCCUGGUGUCGCCACCACCUCCACCACCCGCAAAACACGAGAGAACAGAUCAGAACUUCUCAUCAUAUACCGCAUUCUCUCCUCUCAUCUUAAUUCUGCGUGCACUACGUAAACAACGAACGAGAAGGCAAAAAUGUUACUGAAGCCCGACAAAACUAUUAUCACUGAACCACACAAUAUCUGGCCUUCUCUCACAGAUGAUCAAUGGAUGAAGGUUGAGGUUGCAUUGAGAAAUCUUAUACUAUCAGAUUAUGCCAAGAAGAAUAAUGUGAAUACUUCAGCUCUUACCCAAUCUAAGAUUCGUGACAUAAUACUAGGAACUGAGAUUACUCAACCUUCACAACAGAGGCAACAGAUAGCAGAGAUUGAGAAGCAGGUAAUAUUUAGCUCCUAUGCUUGAAUAGAAUUGUCUAUGCUCGUCGCUUUGCUGAUUUGUUGCUUCUAGAAUUUC